AUGUGGGCUGUUUCGAAUAGCAUACUCCUCUCGGCGGUGACGACAGGCCUGCUCUGCCAUGCCAUCUACAAGAGGCGCGAGCCGGACGUCUUCUCCUUUCUACGACAGUUUCUGCUGCUUGUCGCCGCCGCACUAGGAUGGACGGCCUUUUCUCAGACAGCUUUCGAUCCGCUGUCGAUCAUAGCAUCUACACUUCUCUUCGCCACGGUGCAUCUGUUCACCCUUGGACUGAGCAUUUCCAUCUACCGACUGUUCUUGCACCCUCUUCGAAAGUUUCCAGGCCCCUGGACGGCCAAGUUGACCAAGCUGGAGGGAGUCUAUUACGCAUUGCCAGGUAAAUUUCACGAUCACAUGCAGGAAAUCCACGACAAGUACGGUGAUGUGGUCAGAAUUGGUCCUAAUGAACUCUCCUUCCGCUCGGCCUCUGCCGUGAAACAUUUGGUGGGAAAGGUCAACAAGGGGGCAUAUUUUGAAACCAGCGUCUACACAGAAGGCGAAGGGGUCCCCAUCAAUGCAUUGGUCGAUUUCGAGGAGCACAAACAGCGGCGACGGCUCUGGGACUCGGCAUUCAACCAGAAAAGCCUCAAGUCCUUUUCUCCCAUGUUCAAUCGCCUUCUCGACCGCCUGAUUGGCGAACUCCACAAGUUCGAGGGCCAAACCGUCAACUUUGUCGACUGGUGUGACUACUAUGCUUUUGACGUGAUGGGUGAACUGGCCUUUGCAAAGGACUUUGGUCUGAUCACGGGCGAGGGAAACAGAGAUUACUCGGGCUUCAUCCGAAGCGGCCUCAAGAUCUUCUUCGUCGUCUCCAAUAUACCAUGGAUCUCGCCUCUGGCCUACUACUUCCCCAUAUCGGAGGAAGUGAAGCAGCAGUCUAUCAAAUUCCGCGAGCUGGGCUCCAAGCAGUACGACGAGAGAAGGCUGCAGGGCACCGAGCCUCACGACAUCUUUUCGCAUCUGAUAGAUUCUUACACCAAACAUGCGAAGAAUGCAGAGGCCCAUCUACGGGCGGACUCGCCGGUGCUCUUCAUCGCUGGCAGCGACACGACGUCCACAACGAUGGCGUUUCUCUUCUACUUCGUUCUACGGGACCGGAAGGUCUAUAAGAGACUCCGCGACGAGAUAGACCAAGCUUGGGACGGGAAAUCUCCCUUGGAGGCUGGGAUGCUGGGUAUCGAGACAUGUCCAUAUCUUCACGGAGCCAUUCAAGAAGCCCUACGUCUGGUCCCUCCCGCUCCGAAUGGAAUGCAACGCCGCCUGAUCCGGGACACUGAGAUUGACGGCCAUUUCAUCCCGGCAGGGACACUGGUCUCAGUCAACGCCUGGGCCGCACAGCGCCACGCCAAACAUUUCACCAACCCUCUCGACUUCGUGCCUGAGCGCUGGAUCGACUCGGAACGGGACAAAGAGUGGAACCACGUGCCCAUGGCGUACAUCCCCUUCGGCAUCGGGAGCUACCUGUGCAUAGGCCGCGCGCUGGCCAUGCAGGAACUGCGCCUCAUCGCCGUCAAGCUGAUGCGCGAGUUCGACCUCGAGCUGGCCCCGGACUUUGACCAUGCCAGGUUCUGGUCCGACAUUCGGAGCUGGCAGGCGAUUUUCAAGCCAGCUCUUCCGUUUUGGUAUAAGCGACGCGGCAGGACGGAGGGCACAGUGUAA